AAGGCGACAUGAAAAGCGAGUCUCAUCAUACGUUCCUUGCUUGCCUCCUCCUCCAUACUAAUCUUUCCACGUUAUGUUAAACAACUCUUUACCUUUUCUCAUACAAAUGAAGUUUCCACGUUAUAUUAAACAACUCUUCUCCCUUUCUCGCCGACACGCCCACGCUGAAACACUUCCGCAAUUUCUCUCUCUUCAUUACUCUCUCAAGCUUCGAAUCUCUCUCUCUCUCUCUCUCUCUCUCUCUCUCUCUCUGCAGUCCCUUUCUUAAUGUCAACAACUACUACAACAAUGGUGAUUCCAACCGCAGACGUUUACUCCUCUGCUUCGCCUUCACUACCGUUGCAGUCUCGCGUUGUUGUUAGGUCAUUUCAGGUUCUCUAAUUGUAAGCACUCUGACAAGAUAGGAGUAGAAGCCUCAGAUGGAGAGGAGUCGCAGAGUUAGCUCUGCGCUGUCCUCUCGGUUCUGCGACGAGUUUCUUUUGUUUAUCGCGGCGGCGAUCUUCGCUCUCGGUGUUGUUGAAGCGACUACUGAUCCGUCAGAUGUUCAAGCUCUACAGAUUAUGUACACUUCGCUGAAUAAUCCUUCCCAGUUAUCUAAUUGGAAACCGAAUGGUGGAGAUCCGUGUGGUGAGUCAUGGAAAGGUGUUACUUGCCAGGGUUCUGCUGUUGUUUCGAUCCAGAUUUCAGGGCUAGGACUCAAUGGGACACUUGGGUACAUGCUUUCCGGCCUUACAUCGUUAAGAACAUUAGAUAUGAGUGACAACAAUAUUCAUGACUCAGUUCCGUAUCAGUUACCACCGAACCUGACAUCCCUAAAUCUUGCGGACAACAACCUAAGUGGGAACUUGCCCUAUUCCAUUUCUAGCAUGGUUUCUCUUAAUUAUCUGAACAUUAGCAAGAAUUCUCUCUCCCAAUCAAUUGGAGAUGUGUUCACGAAUCUCUCUGGGCUCUCGACCUUGGAUCUCUCUUUCAACAACCUAACUGGAGAUAUUCCCAGUUCUUUUAGCACGUUGUCCAAUAUUUCUACUCUUCAUGUGCAGAGCAACCAGUUAACUGGUUCUCUUAAUGUUCUGGCUCCUUUGCCUUUGACAGAUCUAAAUGUUGCAAACAACCAUUUCAAUGGGUGGAUACCAAGGGAGCUUAUCUCCAUUCCUAAUUUUAUAUAUGAUGGAAAUUCAUUUGACAAUGGUCCUGCUCCUCCUCCACCACCAUAUACCUCACCUCCCCCAGGUAGACCACAUAAUAACCGUAGCCAUUCUCCUCCAGGUGGACAUACACAGCCUGGUUCUGAUGGUCAAUCCUCCAAUCAAAAAGACGGAAAUGAAAAUAAUGGGUUGACAGCUGGACCUAUUAUAGGGAUAACCCUAGGUUCUUUGUUGGUGGUUCUCAUUGCAAUUCUUGUGCUUGUAUUCUGCCUGCGGAAGAGAAAAAUCAAGGAGUCCAGUGCUUCUAGAACUUCUGCAGGAACUCUCCCCAUUACUGCAGAUAAAGUGAAUACCGAGAUGCAAGAGCAGAGGAUGAAAUCCACCUCCAAUGUUGCAGAUAUAAGGCCCCCACCAGCCGAAAAAUUAGUUGUUGACAAGAUAAAAGGGAAAAGUGGAUCUUUAAAAAGAGUGAAGUCUCCUAUAACCGCUACUUCUUUUACAGUUGCUUCUCUCCAAACAGCAACAAACAGUUUCAGCCAAGAAAACCUUAUUGGUGAAGGUUCACUUGGCCGUGUUUAUAAAGGAGAAUUUCCUAACGGAAAGGCAGUGGCAAUUAAGAAGAUCGACAAUGCAGCGCUUUCACUGCAGGAGGAAGAUGAUUUUCUUGAAGCUGUUUCAAAUAUGUCACGGCUGAGGCACCCCAAUGUUAUUUCACUGGUGGGCUACUGUGCGGAGCAUGGCCAACGUCUUCUGGUUUAUGAUUAUAUUGGAAACGGGAGUGUACAUGAUAUGCUACAUUUUGCUGAUGAAAGAAGCAAGAUGCUGACAUGGAAUGCCCGUGUUAGAGUUGCGCUUGGCACUGCUCGAGCUUUAGAAUAUUUGCAUGAAGUGUGCCUGCCUUCUAUUGUGCAUAGAAACUUAAAGUCAGCAAACAUUUUGCUUGAUGAAGACCUUAACCCUCACUUGUCAGACUGUGGCUUAGCUGCUUUAAACCCAAAUACAGAGCGACAGGAGGUUUCAUCAACCCAAAUGGUUGGUUCAUUUGGUUAUAGUGCUCCUGAAUUUGCUUUAUCUGGAAUAUACACCGUAAAAAGUGAUGUUUAUAGCUUUGGGGUCGUGAUGUUGGAGCUGUUGACAGGACGGAAGCCGCUAGAUAGUUCAAGGGUGAGAUCAGAACAGUCGCUUGUAAGAUGGGCUACUCCACAACUCCAUGAUAUAGAUGCCUUGGCAAAAAUGGUCGAUCCUGUGCUUAAUGGCAUGUACCCUGCAAAGUCUUUAUCACGUUUUGCUGACAUCAUUGCCAUUUGUGUUCAGCCUGAACCGGAGUUUCGGCCUCCCAUGUCCGAAGUUGUGCAAUCACUGGUUCGGUUAAUGCAAAGAGCAAGUGUGGUGAAGAGGCACUCCAGUGAUGAAUCAAGUUUUAUGUACAAGACUCCAGAUCAUGAGGCAACCGACGUGCCAUAUUAGAAAAUCCAAGACUAGCUGAAGCUAUUGAACCACCUUCGAAAUUUUGCAUGCAGAGCAAUCCAGAGAAAUUGUCAAGAGGAAUGACCGACCCGGUAGUGUAUCCGAAGAGCAUGCACGCACGCACUCUCGUCUCAAACAAUUUGAGCCCGCAGCAUGCUCUAUCUACUUCACAAUUAGGAUCGAGUUUGUGUAUAUUUUAUUGUAUCUUCAGUAAUAAUUGGACAUUUUUGGUACAUGUUCAUAGGUAUUUUAUGCCACAAUGAAGCACUUCUGUGAUGUGUUUGGAUGAA